GCGCUGUUGGGCUUUCUGACAGCUGAGCUGUCACCACACGCCGAGGUCAAGGGGAAACAAGCAUGGCCGCGUUAUUUCGGGGGUCACGCACUGUUUUAUUCAGCUGGAAUAAACAUGUGGACUCUGCAUUCGUGUGUACGCGGACCAUGGCCUCCAAAACUCCAGUGGGCUUCAUUGGCCUGGGGAACAUGGGCUCUCCUAUGGCCAAGAACCUGCUGAAGAACGGUUAUCCUGUCAUCUGCACAGAUGUAUUCCCCGAGUCCUGUAAAGAGCUGCAGGACAUAGGUGCACAGGUUGUGGACACACCAGCUGACGUUGCAGACAAAGCAGACCGCAUCAUCACCAUGCUGCCUUCAAGUCCCAAUGUGAUCGAUGCCUACACAGGAAACAGUGGCAUUCUCAAAAAGGUGAAGAAGGGUACUCUGCUGAUCGACUCGUCCACCAUAGACCCAUAUGUGUCCAAGGACAUGGCAGUAACCGCAGAGAAGAUGGGAGCAGUCUUCAUGGAUGCCCCAGUGUCAGGAGGUGUGGGUGCUGCUAGCAUGGCCAAGCUAACAUUCAUGGUGGGGGGCCCAGAGGAGGAGUACACGGCUGCCCAGGAGCUGCUGACGUGUAUGGGGGCCAACGUGGUCUACUGCGGCCAGGUUGGGUCAGGACAGGCUGCAAAAAUCUGCAACAACAUGCUGCUGGCCAUCGGGAUGAUCGGGACCGCCGAGACCAUGAACCUCGGCAUCAGACUGGGCCUAGACCCAAAGCUCCUGGCCCAGGUCCUGAACAUGUCGUCUGGCCGCUGCUGGUCUAGUGAUACCUACAACCCAGUGCCUGGAGUCAUGGAGGGGGUCCCGUCUGCAAACAACUACCAAGGUGGCUUUGGCACCACACUCAUGGCCAAGGACCUGGGUUUCGCCCAAAGCACUGCCACCAGUACACGCUCACCCAUCCCUCUGGGCUCUCUGGCCCAUCAGAUCUUCAGGGUCAUGUGCUCUCGUGGCUACGCUAACAAGGACUUCUCCUCCGUCUUCCAGUUCCUCCGUGAGGAGGAGGGCCAGUGAACAGACCCUCUGUAUCCCACUGUGUUACCAUAGUGUUAUGUACCAUCAGAACAGUGCAGUGUUUACAGUAGUGAAUAUAUGCAACUCUGCUUUACCGGCCGGGACUGUUCUUCGAUAAAGGUUGUCAUUAUUCUUUAGAUAUUGUUCAUCAGGAAUUUCAAUGUGUAUUUUGCCCAAAGGAAGUAGACAGUUAAGCCCCGUGUUCUGAGGCAUGGAUCAGAUGAUUGUGGAGUUACUACACAUAUGUCCCUGGGAGAAAAAAACUGACCCUGUUUUAAUGGUUCCAUAUGAAACUUUAGUACAACUCUAGCACUUAAAAGUAAACAUUUGAACACUGCAAAUAUCUUCAUGACUUAAAAUAACUUCAACUCAGAAUUGACGAGUUAUUACUUAUUGACUUUUUCACAAAAUAUUUUAUACUGGUUUAAUUUAUUGUUUUUUCAUCCAUGCAAAAUUAACCGGUUAUGGGGUGAGACUCUAUAUUAUUUUGAGUGGAUUUUACAAUUAGCGAUUCCUGUACAAGACUCUCAAGCAUGUCGCACAUGGUCCCACAUGACAAUUUUCCAUAAAUAUACUAAAUCAUGAUACAAACUUUACACUACAACUUUACAAACCUGAUGUGAUGUGCAGUAGUUUCAUUAGCAAAAUGCACGCUGAUUGUAUUGUGAUAGUACUCUGAAUGGAGAGUGCAGGGAGCAAAAGGAGGUUAGCUAACAAGCAUUAAAAAAAACCUAAUUAAACAUUUUAAUAUGUUGUUUAUGGCGAAUAUAGCAUUUUCAAAACAAUGUGGAAUGUGUUAAGAAUUAAUACCUCAUAGAAGUGUAAUACUCCCACUUUAACUAUUCAAGUCAACAUUGUUUUCUGAGUUGAAGUCAUAUUAACAAUUGUAGAUGGCAUCAAAAGCACUUUAAUGUCAAAUUCUAAACCAAAUUAUGAUUAUCAUGAAUAAUCUCUUGUAUAUAUAUAUUUCAAUAUUCAAAAGAGAAACAUUUGUUCUGAAUUUGUUUGCAAUAUCAAAUGCCAUUUGAUGUUAAUUGUUUUUUUUGUUAGUUAUUUCUUUUUCAUCAUGAGAGCUAGCCUGAUAUUUCUACAGCUCAGGGCCCUCUUAACCACGUGCAUGUACGCUUCAUCUGUGCGUUAGCCAAAUCUCAUUUUCACUCUAUAGUCGUAAUAAUCUGAGAAGUAAACAAGGCCAAUGAGGGGUCUGAGGAGCUGUAUGUGGAAAUGAUGCUUGAUAUCAGAACAUACUAUAUUCUAUCAUGUGCAUGACAAAUGUAUGCAUAUGUGGAGGUAUGAUGUUGCUUUAAGUGAACAACUCUGCAUUGCCCUUCUGUGUAAAAGGGACAAAAAUAAGAAUGGCAAUGCAAGGGAGAGAAGAGCUGGAUAAUUUCAGAAGCUUUGGAUCAAAACUGACCACUAUGUGAGAAAAUGCUACGAUUACUAAUUUUUUUUGUACCAGUAGUCCAUUUGUACACAGGGUUCCUAUGCAUGGACUUUAAACAUUUCAAAUACUGCAACUUUAAAAUGAAGCCCUAAUUUUAUGAUCAUGGUUAUACUGUAUCCUUUUCUGUGUUAAAGUAGCACUGUGUAACUUUUUUCAUGGACUUAUUGCCUCCCGCUUGUCUCCAUGGCGAUAUUAUUACUUUGCCUGGAAUGUUCUACAAAGCAACCAUCUAGCACUCAUUUCAUUAUGGAUGUUUUAUUGCUCAGAAAUACCUUGAAAAGCAUGUAGUCUUACUGUGAGAGGGCUUGUCUCUCCCCAGAUCUUACUCGUAACUUGGUCAAGUGGUGCCACCAAAUUUAAUGACAUACUGUGGAACAUUUGACUAAGCAAUAACAUCUCCAAUAUAUGGAGAUGGCAUACUCUCCACCAAGAAUAAAUUACACAGUGCACAAAUAAUAUACAUUUAUUAUAGUGCAUGUAUGAUAGCCUUGAGGGGACAUGUACUAUUGUCGAUGAAUAUGCACUGCAGUAUUAUUUUCUAGUCACAUUUUGGCAUUUCUACCAGUUUUCAUACAUAAUUUCAAACAAUAUGUCCUAUGGGCAACCAUGGGACAGCAGCAGGAAGUUAUGGCUGACUUUUCAAGAUUUCAAUGCACAUUAUUCUUCAUUCUGUGCACUUUUCACCAGCAUAUAGUUUAAUGGUAUAGACUAAAAAGUUGAAAAUGUAUAGGAGCUCUGUUUAUAUGAUUCUAUCUGUGAAUACACUAAACUGUACCUCAUAUAAUCACUACUUUACAACUCUCCAUAGUUUACUGUGGUUCUGGUAAUUGUACACUGAAUGCUGGAUUCUCUUUUAAACGUUACAACUGACCUGAUAUUACCUCACCUCUGCUCUUGAGCCUCAGUAUUAUUCUGUGACCAACACUGUUCAGCUUUUCUGCUUUUGAAAUGCAAUAUCGGACAGUAUUUUCCUAUGUUUUUACCAGACCUCAGGCAACCUCUUCUCUUUCUGCCACUGCAGUGUGUAAAACUUGACAAAUGUAAAUAAUGUAAAUUUCAUGGUGUUGUGGGAGGAGCUUUGUCACUUUUGUAUGUGGAGUCUACAGUUGUGUAUUAAUUAAUAAAUCGUGUCUACAAAUUUA